CCGAAAAAAAAGAAGAACGGGACGAGAAAUCAGUGAGAAGGAUACACGGUGUACCGUGGCCCUGAUCAGUCCAUGCGCUACUCGUAGCCAUGGCUUCAGUGAAGGUAGCCGUGAGGGUUCGUCCCUUUAACAAAAGGGAACUGGCGAUGAACGCGAAGAUGAUCGUGCAAAUGGAUGGCAAGAAAACACGUAUUUUCAACACCAAGACACCGGGUAGCUGCAGAGAAAUCGACAGAGAAAAAUACAAAGAUUUCACGUUCGAUCAUUCCUAUUCGUCCUUCGACACGAAUGACGAGAACUAUGCGUCCCAGGAAGAGGUAUUCUACGAUCUUGGUACGGACGUGAUAGAAAGUGCCUUUGAGGGCUACAAUGCCUGCGUCUUUGCAUACGGCCAGACAGGGUCUGGGAAGACCUUCACGAUGAUGGGCACACCGGAGGCUCAGGGAUUGAUACCGCGGAUCUGCAAGACGUUGUUCGCCAGAAUGGCCGCCGGUAAGGAGAGCGGUGCAUCGUACAGAACGGAGGUGUCCUUCCUGGAGAUACACAACGAGAGAGUGAAAGACUUGCUGAGGCUGGAUCAGUCGCAGUCCCAUUCUCUCAGGGUGCGGGAGCAUCCUAAAAGGGGGCCUUACGUCCAAGACUUGUCGAACCACCUCGUGUACGAUUAUUCAGACAUUCAGGUAAAACCGCCCACCCACGCAUCUCCGUCGUGAGGUAACACGCACAGAACCACCGCCAGCACAAACAUGAACGACGUGAGCAGCAGGAGUCACGCGAUUUUUACGAUAACAUUCGUCCAAGCCGGACUGUCCGAGGGCAACAUGCCGUCGGAGACCGUUUCGAAGGUGCAUCUUGUCGACUUGGCCGGAAGCGAGCGUGCUAACGCAACGGGAGCGACCGGUCAACGACUGAAAGAAGGUGCCCAUAUUAAUAAGUCAUUGGUGACAUUAGGUUCUGUGAUAUCGGCGCUCGCGGAGGUCAGCUCCACGAGCGACGUGUCCUCUUCGUCUAAGCGAAACGUCUUCAUACCGUAUCGGGACAGUGUGCUCACGUGGUUGCUAAAAGAUUCCCUCGGUGGUAAUUCCAAGACCAUUAUGAUAGCAGCUAUUAGUCCGGCUGAUUGUAACUACGGUGAGACGCUGAGUACGCUGAGGUACGCGAAUCGAGCGAAGAAUAUCAUCAAUAAGCCGACCAUCAACGAGGAUCCGAACGUGAAACUGAUCAGGGAACUUAGGGAGGAAAUACAGAAACUGAAGUCCCUUAUUGGGAAGGAUAUGAGCUUCGAAAGGCCGCCGCAAAUGUUACUGGCACAAAUCCACGAGAAACAAGAGCAGGAGAAAGUGUUGACAGAAGAGUGGACGGAAAAGUGGAGGGAAACGCAGCAGAUACUCCAGGAACAGAAAGCGUUGGGUCUCCGGAAGAGUGGCGUCGGGGUUGUUUUGGAUUCGGAAAUGCCACACUUGGUAGGGAUCGAUGACGAUCUUCUUAGCACCGGUGUCACGUUGUAUCACCUGAAAGAGGGUAGAACGUUAGUUGGAACGGAGGAAGCAUCUACCGCGCAGGAUAUCGUAUUGACCGGCGUGGACGUCGAGCCGGAACACUGUGUGGUGGAGUUAGAUACCGGCGUAGCGACCCUUCAUCCCCUUUCUCCCCACUGCUGGAUCAACACCGCUCAAGUGGACAAACCGACGCGACUCUCGCAAGGUUGUAUUAUUCUUCUGGGCAGGAACAAUAUGUUCCGAUAUAACGAUCCGGCGGAGGCGGCCAAGCUAAGAAAGGAAGGUGGAACGGGUAACGGUAACUUACAGUCGACGGUCGUCAAUCUUUCAAGAUUGUCCCUCUUGAGCUGGAGCGUCUCGGAUUUGCAUGCCUCCUCCUCUAGCGAUAAUCUGUUGAACUCGAGCGAGGAUCUACGAGCGCUCGAGGAACUGGAACAGCAGAAGGCUGCCCUUAUCAAGGAGAAGGAGGAUUUCAAGAGGGAACAGGAAGAACGAGAAGAGCGAUGGACAGCGCGAAGAGAGGCCCUGGAAGGCGCCCAGCGUGAAUUGGAACGCGAAUGGGGCGCCCAAUGGAAAGAGUGGGCGGACGCGAUAUCCGCCCUCGAGUCACGGCAACGGGAGUUACGGAGCCGACGUCACCAUCUGGAGCAAGAACGACGUGACGAAAUGACGCAAGUAGAAAGUUUAUGUAGGGAAGUCGCCUCUCUGCGCACAGCGUUGCAGUCCAAGGAUCGUCAGUUCCAAGAGUUCAUGAGCAAUCACGAACCCGCACAAAGAUUCCAACAGUGGUGGGAGAAGACGGACGACGGUGCUGGCAGUGACGGCAGCUUGCCAGAAUCUUGGUCGAGUCUGAAUGACGAUAAAUGCGUCGACGCGAUGCGAGAGCUUGUUAAUCAUCAUAAGAAAGAAUUGGCCGCCUUGGAGACCGAGCUGCAGAACAAAGUCAGGUCGUUGAGCGAACAUCAAAGCAAAGUGGAUAAGAUGGAGGAGGAGCUGAUGGAGAUAGCCAGGAAACAGAAACACAUGUUCAACUUGGAAUUGGAGGGCGAAGGAAACACCGAGAAGAAAUUACUUCUCGCGAAACGGUCGCAGGAGCAGCUCCAGGAGAUUCUGAAGCGCAAACAGAGCCUGUCGUUGAACCUGAAACGUGCGUUGCCCGCCUCCCCGGACGAUCGUUCCUCGAGCGGCGACGAGACCCAUGCGAACAGCUCGUUUCCGAAUGUAUCCAAUAAAAAGCUUCAGAUAGCGUCCGCUUUGAGUCUGGUGCCGCAGACCGUUCCAAGUUCCAUCGAGACCGCGGACACGUUUCACACAGCCGCGGCCGAUUCGCCGGAGCCUCGUAUUCCCUUCGAAGAUCUGGACGCCAAGGAGUCGCAGGCAUUGCUGGACCACCAACAGAAGGAGUCAGACAGGAAGCAGGAAGCUGCUCCCGAGGGUGUUCGCGUGGAGAACGACAGAGGGACAUUCUUUGCGUUAGAUGGUAAAAGUUUGAACGUGAACAGGAAGUCUUCCGGCGGUGAAAGUAUCACGGAACCGGAAAAAUGCAACGGUAGUAAUAACACGAACGGCGAGAAAGCGGACUCAAAGUCACCCACGAACUCGACGAUGGACGACGAGAUCCCCGAGGACUCGCUGGACUCGCCCGUGCACCAGAACCCGGCGAUGAAACGACUGAACCAAAGAAUCGCCCGUCAACGAAUGAUGGUGAUGAGAUGCCUGGAGGCGAACACACCCUCGAAGGACGAUCUGAACCGGCAGAUAGCUAUCCUACAAGACCUUCAGAAGCAGCAGAUCGAGCUAGAGGUGUCGCUUACUGAGGACGAACGGAAGGGGCAUGCGCCGAGCAAUUCGCAAUACGACGGCGAUGAUAGACUAGCGAGCGGCGACGCGAAUGAUCGUGUGCAGACUACUAUUGUGGAGACGAAAACUUGUCGCGAGUCGGAAUCCACGAACAACUCGGCUACUUUGUUGACCGUGUCCACAACGCGAUCACCUGUCCUUAGGAACAACAGGCCUAAUAACGAGGAGCAGUACCUGUCCGAGUCGGUUGCACCUAGAAUAGCAUCCGGUAGAGGAUACUCGACUGUUUACUUGACGAGUCAGAACCGAGGCGAUCGACUGAGUAGUCCGUACUCCCUGACGAUCACGAGGUCUCUGCCGUCGUUGAUAGCGAACGACGUUGACUGCGACAAUGUGAUCAACAUGAUCGUCAGUGUACCAUCUUACGUGAUACGCGGAGCCGGCACGUCCAGUCAUUACGAGUACGAGGUACGCGUUGUCGCCCAAGACGACAGCUGGACACUUCUGCGUCGUUAUAGAAGAUUUCGUGAAUUGUAUACUUCAAUGAGACAGAAGUAUGGUAGCAAGGUAGCAGCAAUACGCUUUCCACCCCGACAAGUUUUCCCAAGAUACGAGGUCGUGGCGCGGCAACGUAGGAAACGAUUAGAAGAGUAUCUGCGACGAUUGAUACUGGUCUGCUCGGAAUUGUCGCACUGUGAACCUCUCUACAAGUACAACGGCAACUUAAGCAACAUAGAUAAGCAAUCAUUGCUGGAAUUCAGUUCGUUCUUCAGACGGGGGACAUUCGAGAGCAGCAAGUAUGGUACAAGCUAAAGAGACGCGAUUUUUCCCCCUCGAGGUCCGACGAAACACGAUCGGGACUCGAAGCCA